AUUCCUUCAAUUUUCACUUUACUGUAUGUACGCAUCUCUCUUCCCUCUACUUUAAUAUACUCUGCCAUACUCAUCUCCUCUGCUACUGUAUAUUCAUAUUCAUUUCUCUUUUCUCUCUCCUCUCUCUCUCUCUCUCUCUCUCUCACAUCGCAUAUGUAGAUAUAUAUAUAUAUUUUUUGCAUAUAUAUAUGAACAUCUGUUUCAGAGAGCAUUGAAUCAUGGUGGAAUUGUCGGAGAUAUAUUGAGGAAGAAGCAGAUAUUGAAUCAUCUGAGCAAUUAGGGCUUCUAUUUGAUCGGUGCGAGCGAGAAUGCCUUUGUCAAGGUACCAGAUAAGGAACGAGUACAGCUUGGCGGAUCCGGAGCUGUACAGAGCCGCCGAUAAGGAUGACCCCGAAGCCCUUUUGGAAGGUGUCGCCAUGGCCGGCCUCGUUGGCGUUCUUCGCCAGCUUGGGGACCUCGCCGAGUUUGCUGCUGAGAUAUUCCAUGACUUGCAUGAAGAAGUGAUGGCCACUGCUGCAAGAGGGCAUGGUCUAAUGGCUCGCGUCCAACAGCUUGAGGCAGAAUUUCCUUUAAUUGAAAAGGCAUUGCUAACACGAACUGAUCAUUCAAUCCUAUUUCACAAUACAGGUGUUGAUUGGCACCCAAAUCUUCCAAUGGACCAGAAUCUGAUCAGUGGGGGAGAUUUGCCUAGAUUUGUGAUGGACUGUUAUGAAGAAUGCCGAGGCCCACCACAAUUAUUCCUUUUGGACAAGUUUGAUACUGCAGGUGCUGGAGCAUGCUUGAAGCGGUACACAGAUCCAUCAUUCUUUAAAGUAGAAAAAGCAUCAUCUGGAAUAGUAAAGCUAGACAUUCAAAGAGAUAAGAAAAUCCGGAAAGUGAAGAAGAAAGGAUCACGCUGGAGGAAUGGAGAAACACCAGAGGUUACAUCACAUGCCAAAUUGCAUCAGCUGUUUUUGGAGGAGCGUGUUCAAAAUGGCAAUAAUGACCCUGCACGUCAUGUUCAAUUGAAGAGAAGACAACUGAAUGGUUUUCCAUUGGAUUCCAGAACUGAGAAGAGUUACAUGGAGAAAUUUUUGGUGACUUCUUCACCAGAGCGUAAAGCAGUUCGUGAAAUUUCUGUUAGUUCACUGCCAUUGGAGUUGACAUCUAAUAUAACCUAUGAGUCAGGGCAUGAAAUACUUGAAAUUGGUACAGUGAGUCCUAACCAAGAGAAUUUGCAGAGAAAAAGAAGUCCAUUUUCAUCUCCUAAUAUGCAGGAAACAGAACAGAAACUAUCCAUGGAGGAGUUAAGUGGGGAUAUCACUGAUAGAGAAACUUUGAAGGCACUUGAGCCACACACUGAUGGUCAGGCGAUUCCUUUCACCCACCAUAAGGUGGUUGAAGAAAAGGAAGUCACGGUUAUUGGGGAAAGCAAAACAGAAGGAAGUAUAGAUGGGUACCACUCUGAUGAUAUCACUAGUGAGAUAGACAACUACAUGGAUGCCCUCACGACCAUGGAGUCUGAGAUAGAAACUGAUUCUGAUUAUAGACACAAGAGCAAUAUGAGAUUUUUGCACAUUGAAAAGCAUGGCACUGACUCUGAUGCAAAUGAAGAGCCACAUGAACUUCGGCCUCGAUUUUCUGAUUCUCUGUCAUUUGGGAAUUCCUCCACAUCUGAUGAUGGGAACAGCUCAUUCAAGAAAGGAAGAUAUAGUUUUUCCUGCUCAGAUACCCUGAGCAAUUUGACAGAGAAUAUGCCAUCGGAUGGUGAUGGUGUGGCUAAAGUGUUCCCUUCAACUGAUUUUUGUGUUGCUGAGAUUGAUUGCACAUCAUCUAACCGGCUCUCUGUUGGUGAAGAGAAUCUAGAAAGCAAAUCUCAUGAGCCUGUAGAGUCAAAUGGUACGUACGUUGAUUUAACUGAGAUGCCCACUUACAGGUCUGAAAGGGGAGAGAUAUCUGCUAGUUCAUGUCUCACAGAUUCUAAUCCUAUGCAUCAGUCUUUGGAUCCUGGAGCAAGUUUGAGGCAAGCUUUGUCAGUGGAACCAGAAUUGGAUGAAGUUUCCUCUGACUCUGCUAAACUUUGUAUUGGAUUUUCAAAUACUGAUGAAAAUAGUACCAAUAUGGGUGAUGAUUUAAAGAUAAUCACCAAUGCUUCUGAUGUUCCUUCAGAGACAAGAGAAGAUUUCACCCCUCCAGUGUCCGCUGAAACCCAGGUUGUAGGUGACUUGGUAAGCAGGGAGGAUCCUAAUAGUUUUCCUUCUUUGCUGCAUAUGUCAAAUGUUUCAGACCUGCCUCCUGAAAAGAAAAGCAGUGAUGACAUUGCAAGUGAAAUGCUUCAACCAGAACCUGCAGGUAGUAGAUUCACUGAGAAUUUAGUGAAUGGAGCAAACUCAUUUCCUUCACCUACAGAAGAGCAGCCUCAAGGAUCUGCCUUGCGAAAACUACAAAAUUGUUUAGAACCUGAACAAGAAGUCCCAGAUAGUUUAGCUGCCUCUAUUGCUUGUUAUCCAGUUGUUGUAGAGCCUGAUGGCAUAAUUUCUGAAGUGGACACUUCUCCAGCAGCUGGAGUCAACUCAGAGAGCUUAACUGCAGUGGUGGAUGAAGAAGUGGAUGUUGCAGCACAUGAAGAAGUGGAUGUUACAGCACAUGGAGUCAACUCAGAUAACUUUACCUUGGCAGAUAACAAAGUGGAUGCUAGUACAGCAUCUGGAGUCAACUCCGAGAACUUAAAUUCAGUGGUAAAUAACAUAGUGCUUGCUACUCCAGUGUCUGGAGUGAACUCAGAGAACAGCACGGUGGUACUGGACACAGAGGAUGCUACUCCAGCUGCUGAAAUCCACCCAGAGAACUCUACUGUGAUGGUAGAUAACACAAUGGAUGGUACUCCAGCAGGUGGAGUCAACUUAGACACUACAACUACUGUGUUAGAUACACCAAGCUAUAGCUUUUCAGAGCAGCAGUGGUCCAAAAUAACAGAUGAUGUUCCAUCACUAGAACUUGCUUCAGAAGUUGGAGUUUUGUAUCCUGGAAAUCAAAAAAAUCUUCAAGGGGUUUCUACUGCUGCUGAUGAUGGCGAAAAUGGUGGAUCCACCAAUAGUGGGGAUACAAUGGGAGGCAAUAACAUCCCUCUUGAGUUUCCAUCUAAUUAUUCAGCUGUGGUUGCUGCUUCUGCUGCUCUUUGUGCGGAUGGGAAUGGUGCAAAGGAUGAUGUCGAUGAUGUAACACGUUCUUCAGAUCUGAUGUGUUCACCAUCCAUGAAUUCCAGAUAUAAUGAAGAUAGUCAUGGUUUUUGGGGACAUAAAAAAGACUUGGAUAUUGAUGAAGCAAUUUCUCCAGAAUGUCUUUUAGAAUCAGAAGCUCAGACUGAACUGAACACAUCCAUGAAUUCCAGAUAUAGUGAAGAUAGUCAUGGUUUUUGGGGACAUAAAAAAGACUUGGAUAUUGAUGAAGCAAUUUCUCCAGAAUGUCUUUUAGAAUCAGAAGCUCAGACUGAACUGAACACAUCCAUGAAUUCCAGAUAUAGUGAAGAUAGUCAUGGUUUUUGGGGACAUAAAAAAGACUUGGAUAUUGAUGAAGCAAUUUCUCCAGAAUGUCUUUUAGAAUCAGAAGCUCAGACUGAACUUAGUCAACUGGCUACUGCUCCAACAAACUCAAACUCCAGGUUUUGCAAUGCAGUCUCUCAAGACAAGUCCAAUUCAGAAUUGAUUAAUGAUGCUCCCUAUUCAUCUCUCACUGAACAAAUUCAUGAGGAUCAUCUGGGUGAUGCCGUCACAGCUCCAACAUCAUCAAAGCAAGCUGAUCUGGAUUUGGAAACAAGAUCUCCUGGUAAGAGUCAUAAUGAAGAGGACAUGGAAGACGCCAGGUCUUCAACUUAUGGUUACCUCCCAGAGCCGGAAAUUCCUUCGAAAGAAUCACUUGACUUGCUAGAGAAUGAAUCUGACAUGGAAGGUUUGCAUAGAGAAAAUGCAAAUUCCAUGAAAUUGAAUCUCCAAUCUGUACAGGUACAGCCUUUAGAUCACAUGGAUCAAGAAAUAUGCUCUGAUGCAUCUCCUAAAUCUUGUGCAGAAGAUGUUUCAAGCCAGCCCUCAGCUGCAGAGCUCUUACCCCAAUCAGUUGCCCCGAACCUUGAGAGUUCUGAGCAAUCAACAGAAUCAAUCUUUCCCGGCUUUGUCCUGCCCCCAAAGUCGAGUCAAAAGAAUAUAGAGGAGGUGCCACCAUUGCCACCACUUCCCCCUAUGCAGUGGAGAGUCGGAAAGCUUCAAAAUGCUCCCUUAUCUUCAGAGAAGGAAACAAUGGAUUAUGGUCUGAAUUUGUUCCCACAGAUGCCCCAAUCUAUAACAGCUGAUGAAAAUACCCAAGGUGGUUUCCCAGCACUAGGAGGAAGGAUUACAAAACCUCAGAGCCCAUUUUUGCCAGAGUCAACUGUAGAAGAAGAGACAUCACAACUUGUUUUUGAAAACCCAGCUGGUAAGUUGGAGCAGUCCAGUUCGCUUGCAACACAAAUGCCAAUUGCUAACCACGAUGAUAAAUGUGAACAUGAACUGGAAACCCAACCAUCCAACCAUUUUUUGACAUUACCAGCAAUGAGUGACGAGCAGACUCAACAUGCUUCUCUAGCUCUAGAGGGAGCUAUAGCACAGCAUUCUUCGAUUCCAUUUUCAGCAGUAUCAACCAUUGAAGAUGCAAGCCCUGAACACCCUACCUCGUUUUUAGAAGAAAAUGAGGUUCAACCUUUGAACCACAUGGAACCAGAAACUGGCUUAGAGGAUAAAAAGCUUCAACAAACUUCAGCAAUGGUACAUCCUUCUUUGAUACCAUUUUCACCAAUAUCAACCGUUGAAGACACAACCCCUACACGUCCUCCAUCAUCUCUAGAACAAAAUGCAGUUCAACUUUUGAACCACAUAGAACCAGAGACUAGCUUAGAGGAUAAGAAGCUUCAACAAACUUCCCAAAUUUCAGCUGUGGAUAAGGUAAAUUGUCCUGAAACAUUUGGGUUGCCAUCAAGUAUGGAUGCUGAGCAGCUUCAAGGCCCCCAACACAUGUUACUGUCUCCUGAAGGGGAAAUGGUGUGUUCAUCAAGCACAUCUCAACUACCAGGAAAUGAAGACGGAAAGCCCAAUGGAAAGCCAUCGACGAAGAUUCCCCGACCUCAAGAUCGACUCAUUGAAGCUGUUGCUGCGCAUGACAAAAGCAAAUUGAAAAAGGUCACAGAAAGGAUUCGGCCCCAGAUUAGACCAAAGCUGGAGCAAAGAGACUCCCUGCUGGAACAGAUACGGACUAGGUCCUUCAAUUUGAGGCCAGCAUCUGCAACCAGACCCAUCAUUCAAGGUAUUCAAGGUCCUAAAACGAACUUGAAAGUUGCUGCCAUUUUGGAGAAAGCAAAUGCAAUUCGUCAGGUUGAUCUUUCUCUCUCCCUCUCUCUCUCUGGGUGUGUUCCAUUCCUUUGUGGUGUUGAAAUUGUUGAAUGUUCAAAAUAGGCAUGGGCUGGAAGUGAUGAAGAUGAUGACGGGGAUAGUUGGAGCGACUCUUGAAGAAAUUUGCUCUGCUUCAGCUCUAUUCCCCAUGAAAGUGGAAUGAUGCAGGAUCGGCCCUCCCAUAAGUUGGAGGGAGAUCUGUGUUGUCUUGGCGUUUUCUUUCCCACUCAAAUCUAUGUCCAUGUAUAUUACAACCACCCCUCAUUCUUCUUCUUCUUCUUCUCCUUCUCCUCUCUAUUUUUGUUGAUGAAAAUGUAUCCAUUGGUGAGCAGCCGUGUUUUACAGAAGGAUUAUUUGCCUGGUGUGGGAUUAAGUGCGUAUACAUGACAAGACAGCUGAGGUGCAGUGUGCAAGCACCGUGCCCAAUUGAUUUCCAUGUAAUAUUCUUUCUUUCUUUCUUUUCUUAUGAUUUUGGCCUGUGUAUGUAAAUUGCAAGCAUAUAAAAUUUGAUAUGUAGUGCACUUGAGGAUGCAUUUUUUGUAGUCCACUCUAGUGAUUGUUGCAACUUGGUACCAUAAUUCAUGCACUUCAAUCCAUUUAUCCCAGAAAAUAAAACCCGUCUCUGUAUUCAUCCA